UGGGGCCCGGGCCGCGGUGCCGGGCGGCGCCGCCGGGGUGGCUUAGGCCGGCGGGUGGCCCCCUCCCUGGCCCUCGGCGGUCGGUGCCUGGCCCUCGCGGCCAGCACCGAGUCUCGAGCUCAGCGUGGACUGCACUGGCAGAACCUGCUUGGGACCUARCGACCGCGCGGGAAGGAGGCCGGGGCAGAUCCCGUCAGCACGCGUCCGGGUCACCGUCGCGAAUGUGUGAAUUGUUAGCGCCUAGAGGCCACGCCACCCCGAAAGGGGUAGAAGUCCCUUCCCUUACUGCAUAAUCAGGGCUUCGGAGGUCGAGUGCCCCCGACCUCGCCAGGCAAUUGAGCCCAGUUUGUCUCCAAAGCUUUUCUCCUAACCCUGAGUCUUCGCUGCUUCCCGAGCAUCAGUUAAUGCUGGCAGAUAUCAGAAGAGUUCUGCCGCUCAGGUCAAUGACAGUGAAGGGCAAAGCCCACGGGCUUUGUGCUUUUUUUUUUAGCAUUAAAUCUAGUUCUAGUGAAUGUUAGCCUGAAACCUCUUCUCCUUUAUGAUCUGAUGAAUGAAUUUGUGGUAUCCUGUUAAAAUGUGGGAAUUGAAUCCGAUCUGUUCCUUGUCUCUCUUGCAUUAAGAGCUUGGACCAAUCCAGGUGUCUAAGUUGUCCUGGUUCCACCUUCUUUUAUUAUGUUUUCAGAAAUGUUCAGUGGCUCUUGUUGCCAGGAAGAAAGGUGUUUUAACUUUAAUUGUGAUUCAAACAUUUAACUCAAAAUACAUUCACAGAAGAAUUAUUAGUUGAUUGCCUUACAGUCAGUAGAUACAAGGGACUCUAGUGGGUGUUGGCAGAUGAACUGUGAAUAUUUGGGAGCUGAGAGCGCCGACAGCAUUGGUGCUGUGUUGAACAGCAAAGAUGAGCAGAGAGAAAUUGCAGAAACGAGGGAGACUUGCAGGGCUUCCUAUGACACCUCUGCUCCAAAUGCAAAGCGUAAGUGUCUGGAUGAAGGAGAGACAGAUGAAGAUAAAGUAGAAGAAUAUAAGGAUGAACUAGAAAUGCAACAGGAAGAAGAAAAUUUGCCAUAUGAAGAAGAGAUUUAUAAAGAUUCUAGUACCUUUCUUAAGGGAACACAGAGCUUAAAUCCCCAUAAUGAUUACUGCCAGCAUUUUGUAGACACUGGACAUAGACCUCAGAAUUUCAUCAGGGAUGUAGGUUUAGCUGACAGAUUUGAAGAAUACCCUAAACUGAGGGAGCUCAUUAGGCUCAAGGACGAGUUAAUAGCAAAGUCGAACACUCCUCCUAUGUAUUUACAAGCAGAUAUAGAAGCCUUUGACAUUAGAGAACUGACACCCAAGUUUGAUGUGAUUCUCCUGGAGCCGCCUUUGGAAGAGUAUUACAGAGAGACUGGCAUCACCGCCAAUGAGAGAUGCUGGACAUGGGAUGAUAUCAUGAAGUUAGAAAUUGAUGAGAUUGCAGCACCCCGGUCAUUUAUAUUUCUCUGGUGUGGUUCUGGGGAGGGAUUGGACCUUGGAAGAGUGUGUUUACGCAAGUGGGGUUACAGAAGAUGUGAAGAUAUUUGUUGGAUUAAAACCAACAAAAACAAUCCUGGAAAGACAAAGACUUUAGAUCCCAAGGCUGUUUUCCAGAGAACAAAGGAACACUGCCUCAUGGGGAUCAAAGGAACCGUGAAGCGAAGCACAGACGGGGACUUCAUUCAUGCUAAUGUCGACAUUGACUUGAUUAUUACAGAAGAACCUGAGAUUGGAAAUAUAGAAAAACCUGUGGAAAUUUUUCAUAUAAUUGAACAUUUUUGUCUUGGUAGAAGACGUCUUCAUCUGUUUGGAAGAGAUAGUACAAUUCGACCAGGCUGGCUCACAGUUGGACCAACACUGACAAACAGCAACUACAAUGCAGAGACAUACGCAUCCUACUUCAGCGCCCCUAAUUCCUACUUGACUGGCUGUACAGAGGAGAUUGAGAGACUUCGACCCAAGUCACCUCCUCCCAAAUCUAAGUCUGAUCGGGGUGGUGGUGCUCCCAGAGGAGGAGGAAGAGGGGGAACUUCGGCUGGCCGUGGUCGAGAAAGAAAUCGAUCCAACUUCCGAGGAGAAAGGGGCAGCUUUCGGGGAGGUCGAGGAGGAGCGCACAGAGGUGGCUUUCCCCCUCGGUAAUUUUUAGAGAUGUCAGUCCUAUUGCUGCCCCUCUAGCCUUUGGGUGGGAGACUUACUUUCAGGACUCAGUCCCGCUSGCCUUUGUUCUGGCCGCUCUGCCUGCCAGGAGCAACUUGCAAACUUCCUCACCRGUGUCCUUCCUGCGCCAUUUUGUUCGGGGUGAGCAGUCUUCAUGCAUGCAAUUGAGCAGGACGAACAACUCAGAUAGCUUCGCUUUCAGGACUGAAUUCACUCUGAUUUCAAACAGUUCAGAGGCUUCUGCUUUCCAGAAGUGGGUGGACAGUGGGAAGAUGCGGUCUGGAAUCAGGCUGGAGCUGAAGGGAGUCCAUGGCACAUCCUUCCUUUGCAACCACAGCAAGUGAGGGACUGCUGCAGCCAUGGUGGAGUGGGGCACUCGGAACCCAUCUGUGGGGGUUCAGCAUUUCCUUGUUGAAACGGUAAAAGAAGUGCAUACUGCAUUUUCUUCCUUUUAAAAAACAUUUUAAAUAAAUUCAAAUAUAAUUUGAGUACUGAAGAAAGUAAGAGACUUUGAACAAAAUCCCCUCCUUCCAGGUCCGAAUCUGAGAGGUGAGGUGGAGCUGCCAGGCAGGAUAAGGAGGAGGUAGGACACAGCAUGCAGACAAACAUGGAAGCUCUUUCUCAUGAUCUUGGUCCUGUAGCUCCAGGUGACUUCUGCUCUGAAGGCACAAAGCAGGACAGAAAUCCAAUUUCAGGAUGUGGCUGUGAGCUGGAACUCAUAUGRACCUUCAGAGCAGUUUCAUAUUCCAAAGCAAAGUAAAAGCAGCUGAGGCACCAGUAGAGAUGCCCAGUCGCCAGGCGCUGGGCUUGAGCACCUAGGGGUAAGUACUUGGGGGGUGAGGGAAUGAAAGCUUAGGCUUAUUUUUCUAAUGAAACUUGAAAUCUUUGGCAUUUGAGAUUCUAUUUUUCGUAAAUGGGAAUUACAGUUGUUACCAGAUGAAACAGGAUUGACUUAGAAGGGAACUCUUGUGGUCUCUACAUUGUGGUGGCCACUCUGUUCUCAUACAAAAGAGGAACUCACACACACCAAGACUGAGGUUGAUGAGGACUGAAUGAUAGAAGUACACCCUAAAGCCUGGUGAGCUCAACUCGAUCAGCCUGUUUUACUUUCCAGUGCAUAUUGGUAGCAUUUGAUUAGCCCCUUUCUUGACACAGGUGCUGUGUCUCCCAGUUGGUUAGUGUGUUUGUUGAAAUGACAUUAUAAACUAACUGGAGGUAGAAUCAAAGGUCAGCUUGACCUGGGAAUGYAGGAGGGAAGUUCCAGGUGCCCCCUGGUGGGCCCUCAGAAGAGCUGGCUCAGGACUCUCCCUUGUUCCAUACCUGGACCUCCGAGAGACAGUGCUGUGGCUGGUGGCCUAGGCCCURUGAGAUCUGUUUCAUGAUUAGUCUUGUGGAGGAGAGGAGUGGCUCCUUGGUAGGUUGAAAGUUGGGGCACAGUAGCCUGCCAUCAUUAGAGAAGAGCAAGGAGAGAGGAGGUGAAGGGAAAGGAAUGCCAGACCUAGAAUCGAUCCCUUUGAAAGGUAGUCUGGCCUUCUGAACCAGGCUGGAAGGACUCCUUGGCCCAGCCGCCUUCUCCCUCRGGAGAGCUGGGCUUUGUCUUACAGUAGAGCGUUCACUCCGGGCUCCAGUGACCGUUCAUGACUCUGUCCUUAUCUGAUUUUUGAUCCUCUUUAUAUUUACAUGUUCCACAUUUUCAGUCUGGAAAUAAACUUUUAGUUGCUUUUCUUAUCAGGGAGUUGUGAGAAACAGCUCAGUGCAAGAGGUCAGGGUACAAGAAAUGGGGUCAUCAUGGGGUCUGACUUGGUGCCUGUUGAGAGCCAGGGCACAUAGUGGGGCAGGACUGCAACAGCACUGUUCUGAGUCUUGGUCAAUAGCAGGGCCGCCUUUAGGAGCCCUUGGAUCCCUGUGGAGAAAUUAGACCGCAUAUUUCCUGUGCCAAAGUCCAGCAGGGUUGUGCCAAGGGGACCUGGAGUUACAGUGAGCAUCCAUGGCAGGGCUAUUGUUAUAUGAGUGGUACCCAUAUCAACUACUAAUUUAUACCUUUCMAUUGGUUACAGCAGUUGAUUUUAAAAGCUGCUGAUCUUAACCGCUAACGUGUAUCUUUCAGUUAGCUAUAGCAGCUUGUUCAAAAACCUAGCCAGGUGCAGUGGUGUACACUUGUCCUAGAAACUGAGGAGGCUGAGCCAGGAGGAUCACAAGUUGGAGGCCAG